AUGAAGCCCGAACCGCUGUUGCCGCCCGCGUCCGCGCCCGCGUCCGCCAUGCAACAACCCCCGACCGCCUCCCCCUCCGCCGCCGACGCGGCCCUCGCCGGCCUCGGCUACAAGGCCGAGCUCCCCCGCAACCUCAGCAUGAUGAGCAUCCUCGGCCUGUCGUUCGCCAUCAUGGCCGUGCCGUUUGGCCUCUCCACCACCAUCUACAUCACCCUCUACAACGGGCAGGCCGUCUCGGUGCUCUGGGGGUGGGUGCUCGUGUCCCUCGUGUCCGUCUGCAUCGCCGCCUCGCUCGCCGAGAUCUGCGCCGUCUUCCCCACCGCCGGCGGCGUCUACUACUGGUCCGCGAUGCUGAGCACGCGCCGCUGGGCGCCCGUGGUGAGCUUCGUCGACGGCUGGCUGACCCUCGUGGGCAACUGGACCGUCACCCUGUCCAUCAACUUCUCGGGCGCGCAGCUCAUCCUGAGCGCCGUCACCCUCUUCGACCCGGACUACGCCGCCACCGCGUGGCAGACGGUGCUGUGCUUCUGGGCCCUCAUGCUGGUCUGCGCCCUCGUCAACGCCUUUGGCUCGCGGUACCUGGACCUGAUCAACCGGGUGUGCAUCUACUGGACCGCCGCGAGCGUGCUCGUCAUCCUCGUCACCCUGCUGGCCAUGGCGCCGUCGCGGCGCUCGGGCGCCUACGUCUUUGGCCACUACGAUGCGUCUGCCAGCGGCUGGCCUACAGGAUGGUCCUUUUUCGUCGGCCUGCUGUCGCCCGCCUACACCCUCACCGGCUACGGCAUGGUCGCCGCCAUGUGCGAGGAAGUCCAGAACCCCGAGCGCGAGGUGCCCAAGGCCAUUGUGCUCUCCGUCAUUGCCGCCGGCAUCACCGGCGUCAUCUUCCUGAUCCCGCUGCUCUUCGUCAUCCCCGACAUCGCCACGCUGCUCCAGCAGGCCCAGCCCAUCGGCCUGCUGUUCAAGACGGUCACCGGCUCCGCCGCCGGCGGCUUCGGCCUGCUGUUCCUGAUUCUCGGCAUCCUCAUGUUCGCCGGCAUCGGCGCCCUGACCGCCGCCUCGCGCUGCACCUACGCCUUUGCCCGCGACGGCGCCGUCCCCGGCUACCGCCUCUGGUCCAGGGUCGACGCGAAGCUGGGCCUGCCGCUGUGGGCCCUCGCCCUGUCCACCGUCGUCGACUGCCUCCUCGGCUGCAUCUACUUUGGCUCCCCGGCCGCCUUCAACUCCUUCACCGGCGUGGCGACCAUCUGCCUGUCCAUGUCGUACGGAGUCCCCGUCCUGGUCCUGCUGGCCCGCCGCAGGCAAGCCGUCGCCCGCUCGCCCUACAGCCUGGGCAGGCUCGGCACCGCCGUCAACGUCGUCUGCGUCGCCUGGAUCGUCUUCGCCGUCGUCAUCUUCUGCAUGCCCGUCUCGCUGCCCGUCGACGCCGCCACCAUGAACUACGCCUCGGUGGUGUUUGCCGGCUUCGCCGCCGUCGCCGUCGCCUGGUACUUUGCCUAUGCCCGCCGCAACUUCCACGGGCCGCCGGUCCUUGCGCGGGACGAGCUCGACGGGGUUCCCGCCCGGGCGCACCGCGGCCCAGAGGCCAGCAUUGGCGCGGAACAAGCGACGCCGGAGCUGCCCCUGGAGAAGAAAAUGAGCAUCCGUGCGUAG